AGCUCAGUUAGAUAAUUCCACACUUUGGAUACUUUGUCCUCAGCUCCAUAAAGUCAUUUGCUUCCCCAGGCCCUGGGAACUGCUCCUGUGCUCCUCCUGUGCAGCCGAGGGCACCCACAGACACUGCUCUGGCCUGAGGAACAGCAUAACCAGCUGGGAAUGUGACGGCUGUGCUGGUCUGGGAACGGCCUCCAGAGAUGAUUUGGAACUUGCUGGCCCCAGCACAGCCAGACUGUCAGGAUUGGAGCCUUCGGAGGUCUCCGGAGAACCUGAGACCAUCAGCCCCAACACAGGCAGCCUGGUGUUGUCAGGGCUGUCUCCCAGUUCUCCAGCACUGGACACCAUCAGCCCCAGCACCAGCAACCAGGUGCCAUCCCCUGGAUCUUCAGCUCCAGAGACCAACAACCUCCACACCAAACCACAGUCAACAUCGGAGCAGUCUCUGGAAUCUCCCUCACAGGAGACGAGCAGCUCCAGCCCUGACAGUCAGGUAACGUCGGGGUCAUUCCACAGCAGCUUCCCAGACACCGAGGACAGCAGCAGCUCCAGCAGUCGGAGGCCUGACCACCGGCGAAACCACUCCCACCGGCAACGUCGGGCACGCAGUGCACAGCUUCGGUCCAGAAGUCCCCACGACAGGACCCACGUGCCAGAACCAAGCCCUGGGAGGCGCAGGCCCAGGCUGACACAAUCAGGGGAAUCCCGCAGGCGAAACCGCUCCCGCCUGCAAAGUGAGACCCCAAAUCCUUCUGGCCGGUCCAGAAGUCGCCGUGACCGGAGCCGUGUGAGAGCACCG